GCAACCGACGGCGCGCAUCCCCCAAUAAGAACGAAGCAGCCCACCGCUCCCGACCCCACCCGCUGCCACGCCACACCAGCGCCCAAAUCCCGCAAAACCCUAGCCCGAGGAGGGAGAGAGGAGGCGCGCGGCAUGGCGGGUGUGAUGGCGCCGGCGCCGGCUGCGAACCUGGCGGGCAAGUCGGGCGUGCGGGUUGUGUUGAUCGGCGACCCCGGAACCGGCAAGUCCAGCCUCGUCGUCGCGCUCGCCACCGAGCAGUUCCCCGAGAACGUGCCCCGCGUCAUGCCCCCCACACGCCUCCCUGCCGAUUACUUCCCCGACCGCGUCCCCAUCACCAUCAUCGACACCUCCUCCAGCCCUGAGCAGAAGCCGAAGUUGAUCGCGGAGUGCCAGGGGGCGGACGUGGUGGUGCUCACGUACGCCUGCGACCGGCCCGCCACGCUGGAGCGGCUCAGCUCGUUCUGGCUCCCCGAGCUCCGGCGCCUCCAGCUGAAGGCACCGGUGAUCGUGGUGGGAUGUAAGCUGGACCUGAGGGACGAGCAGCAAGUUAGCCUUGAGCAGGUGAUGGCACCCAUCAUGCAGUCGUUCCGCGAGAUUGAGACCUGCAUUGAGUGCUCCGCUCUUCGCCAGAUUCAGGUGCCUGAGGUCUUCUACUAUGCCCAGAAGGCAGUGCUUCACCCAACAGCCCCUCUCUUUGAUCAAGAGGCGCAAUCUCUGAAGCCGCGCUGUGUGAGAGCUUUGAAGAGGAUAUUCAUUAUAUGUGAUAAUGACAAGGAUGGGGCUCUUAGUGAUGUGGAGCUCAAUGAAUUUCAGGUCAGAUGUUUUAGUGCUCCUCUCCAGCCUACUGAAAUUUCAGGCGUGAAGAGAGUUGUUCAAGAGAAGAUGCCUGAAGGCGUAAAUGAAAAUGGACUUACUUUGACUGGGUUCCUUUUUCUGCAUGCUCUUUUUAUUGAAAAAGGUCGACUGGAAACUACAUGGACAGUAUUGAGGAAAUUUGGUUAUGAUAAUGACAUCAAGCUUAGGGAUGACCUCAUUUCAAUGCCAAUUAAAAGAGCUCCUGAUCAAACUCUGGAAAUGACUAACGAAGUGGUUGAUUUCUUGAGAGGGGUAUUUAACAUGUUUGACAUUGAUAAUGAUGGAGCUUUGCUACCUGCUGAGCUGGAGGACCUUUUCUCAACAGCACCUGAAAACCCAUGGUCUUCUGAUAUAUAUAAAGACUGUGCUGAAAAGAAUGUCUUGGGUGGGUUGUCACUUGAAGGAUUUCUUUCUAAGUGGGCUCUUAUGACACUUCUAGAUCCAGCAAAUAGUUUUGCCAACCUUGUAUAUGUUGGCUAUCCGGGUGAUUUUGGUUCUGCAUUUACUAUCACAAGGAAAAGACGAGUUGACCGUAAAAAGCAACAGACUCAAAGAACCGUGUUCCAGUGUUACGUUUUCGGUGCUAGAGGUUCUGGGAAGACUGCGUUGCUACAAUCAUUCAUUGGAAGGCAACCAUCUGAUGCUCUGCCAACUAACAGUGAGCGGUUUGCAACAAAUACUGUUGAACUACCUGAUGGGACUAGAAAGACGCUUAUACUGCGUGAAAUUCCUGAAGGAGAUGUAAGAUCUUUAUUGACUAACAGGGAAUCAUUGGCACCCUGUGAUGUAGCUGUGUUUGUUUAUGACAGCUGCGAUGAAUAUUCUUGGCAAAGAGCAAGAGAUUUGCUUGUGCAAGUCGCUACACAUGGAGAGAAUACUGGCUACGAAGUUCCUUGCCUGAUAGUUGCUGCUAAAGAUGAUCUCGACCAAUCUCCACAAGCUCUACAAGAAUCGACCAGAGUGAGCCAAGACAUGGGAAUUGAAACACCAAUUCCUAUCAGCGUGAGGUUGAGAGACUUGAACAGUAUUUUCUGCAGAAUAGUUCACACAGCACAGCAGCCCCAUUUGAGCAUUCCAGAAACUGAAGCUGGGAAAACACGCAGGCAGUACCGCCAACUUCUAAACCGCUCCCUCAUGGUUGUCUCAGUUGGAGCUGCUGUUGCAGUUGUGGGAAUAGCGGCUUACCGGGUUUAUGCAGCUAGGAAGAACGCAUCUUCUUGAAGCCUCCUCCCAGACAGCGGGAGAAUAAAGUGCUUCAUGUAGCUCACUUCCCAACAUCAGCUGGAUCGUCUGUUCAUGCUUGUUGAGCUUCACCGCUUCAACUUUUGUCCUGUGAAAAGACCGUUUUGUACAGAUGCCAUCAGCUAUAAAUCCUGCCGCCUGUUGGUUUUUUUUGGGGGUUUCAGAUUCUAUAAUUCACGAGUGUUGCUCGGCUCUGAUUAAUGCCGCAUCUGAUAGGCUGUUCUUACUAAAUUAGCUCUGUUAAAAUGUUGUUACUACCCUGAAGUUUUGCCCGCGUAGCAAUGUACUUGCACUAGUCUGCAAUUGGGAUUCGGUUUAGUCUCAAAGCUGGUGAAUACUGAACAUUUAGUUGAGCCAGCAUGGUUGGGGCUGUAAGGUUUCGUUUGGUUCGGAGUAUUCUCCUGGAUUUGAUGUAGAAUGGUAGCACGUUAACUUGUACACUGUUGUGUUUUA